AUGAUAUCUCCAAAAAAAUCCUCCUCCACUCUCUUGAAGAUGAAAAGAAUGUCACAGAAAGUGUUUGAUUACAACCUAUUUAGACGCCCUGCCAAUUCCCCAGUCUUCUCCACCCUCUCAUUCGUUGCCAUAUUCUUUCUCCUCUAUUCAUCAGACACCCUAGUUUCCAUCGCUAACCUUCCCAUGCAUGCAGUUGACCUCAAAAGUCAUAAAACUGUCGACCAUCUCCGCGAACCAACCUUGAUCACUACUACUAAUAUCCAAGAGCAGAUCACCAUUGAUGAAGGUCCGGAUGAAGUUUACGACCCUCUAAUCCCUCCGGACAAUGUAACAAAAGAAGAGAGACUAGUCUGGUUCCGGCGAAAGCUUCCAGAGCUAGAGAUACUCCGGUCUAACAACUUCACGCAGCAAUUCCACAGUCGAGUUCUCCAGUUCCUCAAUAAUGGAUGCAGCAUUCAGUUCUACAUGAUAUGGUUUUCGCCAGCAAAGUCAUUCGGGAAAAGAGAAUUCUUCGCCAUGGACAGCCUCUUCAAAGCUAAUCCUGAAGGAUGCUUGAUGAUUUUAUCAAAAAGCAUGGAUUCAGGACGCGGAUAUCGAAUCUUGAAACCAUUACUAGAUGGAGGCUUCAAAAUACUUGCGGUGACUCCAGACUUGCCCUUUCUAGUCAAGAACACUCGGGGCGAAGUUUGGCUUGAAGAAAUUAAGAGUGGCAAGAAGGACCCAGGUUACAUCCCAUUAUCUCAAAACCUAGCCAAUCUGAUCAGACUUACCGUGCUCUACAAGUAUGGAGGUGUGUACUUAGACACCGACUUCAUAACUCUGAAGGAUUUCUCCGGGUUGAGGAAUGCAAUAGGAGCACAAAGUGUGGAUUUGCGGUCCAAAAACUGGACCAGACUAAACAAUGCAGCCAUGAUUUUCGACAUAAACCAUCCGAUUCUACUGGACUACAUAAGUGAAUUUGCUGCUACUUUUAAUGGAAACAAAUGGGGUCACAACGGACCUUACUUGGUCUCCAGGGUGACUGAGAAAGUGGGAAGCACACCGGGUUACAACCUUACAAUUGUGCCGCCUGAAGCUUUUUAUCCGGUGAACUGGAAUCAGAUUCGGAGGCUUUUCCGAAAGCCUCAGAAGGAAUCGGAGUCGAGAUGGGUGGAAAGCAUGUUGAAUGAGUUGAAUCAAGAGGAGACUUAUGCUCUACACCUAUGGAACAAGAGGAGUAGAGAAUUGGCCAUUGAAGAGGGAAGUGUCUUGGCUAGAUUAAUAUCGGAGCAUUGUGUUAUUUGCCAGGACAUAUAUAGUACUUCUUUAUAA